AUGGACUCAAACAAUUAUCCGAUUCGUACAUUCUCAGAUCUAGCUGCGCGUGCUGUGGCUCCUUGGUUUCGAUACCCUUUUGCGCUUCUGCAAUUUAUUCAGAUGAUUUUAAAUUGUGGACUUCUUCUUUUGAGUACCGCACAAUCAGUGUCACAGAUGCUAGUUGUAAACAGAGGUCAUGAUAGUUUUUGUUUCACAGUUGACAUCUUGGUGUGGGGUCUCCUAUGUAUGAUCAUGGGUCAGAUCAGCUCUCUCGGAAAAUUUGCACAUAUUGCAAACUCUGCAAUUUGGAUGAAUAUCGCGAUCUGUAUCAUCACAAUGGUAGGUGUCGCCGUAGGGGGUCCUUACUAUGGUAUCUUCCAGCAAUACGGGCAAGGAGCUCCUUAUUUUCACCCUGGUACCUUCGAUCCGUUACCAAUCAAACAAUAUGCUAUCACACCCGGUACGAUUAGUGAUAAAAUUGGUGGUAUGAAUAAUAUGGUUUUUGCCUGGGGUGGUGCUACAAUUUUCUGUGAGGUCAUGGCUGAAUUGAAGAGGCCAAUGGACUUUUGGAAAGGCAUGCUCUGUGCACAAUCUCUUAUUCUAGUCAUCUAUCUUUUCUAUGGGCUUUUCGUGUACGCAUAUAAUGGACAGUUUAGCUAUGUGACUGCUAAUAUGGCUAUCGGUUCCAAGGCCUUGCAAAAUGCUGGAAAUGUGCUCACAAUUAUUACCGGUAUUAUUGCUAUGGUUCUUUACGGAAAUAUUGGGAUCAAGGUUAUCUACCAGGGCUUUUUGGUUACCGAUUUUAAUUUUCCUUCAAUAACCUCACGGAGGGGCACUAUUGCAUGGGGUGGCUUCGUCAUUAUCUACUGGGCAAUCGCUUACAUUCUCGGUACAGCAAUUCCAUCAAUUAGCGCCUUGGUUGGAAUUGUUGGUGCUUUCUGCAUCCUCAAUUUCUCAUACACAUUCCCAUUUUUAUUUGCUUUUUGUCUACUUUGCCGCAAAGAUGCGUCGUUGGCAGACAGUUAUAACGCAAAGAGUCUCAUGGUUGAAAGAGCAGACUCUUAUUUUAAGGGCUGGUCUCGUUGGAAGCGUGCUUUAGGACACGGCGGUAAAUAUCGUGUUUUGGUCAAAGCUUCACUCUUCUUCCUUUUUCUUGCCUCGCUUGCGACGUGCGGUUUGUGUUCCUAUUCGGCAAUUUCCGGAGCUAUUGCAGUGUAUCAAACCAAUCCUGCACAACCAUUCACUUGUACUUCUCCGGUCGGCUGA